CUCCCGAACUGACUACUCCUGUCAUAAUGAAAUACCUCCUGUGCGUCAUCCUCGCGGCCGUCGCCCUGAGCGCAGUGUCCGCCGGCUACAUCCGCAGCGGCUGGUACCCCAGCGGCGGCUAUGGCGGUGGCUACAGUAGCGGCUACAGCGGCUACGGUGGAUAUGGUGGCUGGGGCGGUGGCUAUAGCCGUCCGUUGGUGGUGUCCUCCAGCUACAGUGGUUACGGCGGCUACGGUGGUGGCUACGGAGGUGGCUGGUCCCGAGGGGGCUGGUGGUAAACCUGCUAAUACCGACGACACUGCUACCAAAUGAUGACUUUUUUUAUUUUUUUUUAAUGAACAAUUCAAGUCUUCUGACUUACAAUGCUAACACCUAGUCAAAUGCUAAAUUCUUUAGUCCCAUCUUAUUAAAAAGUGUUUCCGCAUGUAUCUUAAAUGAAAAGCUUACACAGCGUUAGGGACUUCAGAAUUGAAGGGAAAGUAAUUAAUAUUAUUCUCUUUAAAAAAAAGUACAAUACUCUUUUCUCAUAAAUAAAAAAUCAGAGUGAUUAAUUAAUGCAGACCUUUACCGUAUGUACCUGUACUUUAUCUACAUGACAGUAAAUACCGUGGACGUGGUAAUUUCAAUCCUAACCUUUAAAGUUUAAGUUAACAUCUAAGGGCGAGGAACAAUUCUUUUAUCUGUGAUUAUGUGAAUAUUUUAA